GUAGAAGAUGGAAUGGAUCCUCCGAAGUCCACAGAUGCACAGCACGUUUGCGAAUCUUGGUUUCGUCCACCCAGAUGGAUAUCACAUAAACGAAAACUGCAAUGCGACUUUAGAAACUAUACUUAGUAAUAUACUUACUGAGGACAAGUAUUUACGGAAUUACCGGAGAAGUAUAAGUUUCGGGCAAAAUAUAAACAAAGAUAUUAUACCUUUGUUACUUCACGCUAAGGAAGACAAAACAAUAGAGUUGUUAGUAAAAAUUUUAGAAAAUUUAACUAUACCUAUUGAGUGUUUGCUUUCUGUAGACGUAAUUUCAAAAACUGAUUUUGGGAGGCACACCAUGCUUGAAAUGAAUAAUUUACUUACUUCUUCGAAAUCGGCUUUCAUGGACCAACGAGCUACCAAAGUCAUAAUCGGAUUUUUAAAGAAAAACCUAGAAGGCGAAGAAAAUGGGAGACUGUCUGAGGAACAGUGCUCGAACAUCAGCAGUAGCCUGCUGCUACUCAGGAACAUCCUGCACAUCCCGGAGGAGAUCACCGGCUUCGUCCCCAAUUACAACAACGGUUCGGUUCACACGGUGCAAAACCAGAUCCUUUGGAAUAUAUUUAGUCAAAGUAUUGAUAAAAUUCUUAUUAAGCUGAUGACUAUUCCUGACGCGACAAGUUGGGGGGUUACAAUGGUUCAAUUAAUAGCGUUGCUAUACAAAGACCAGCACGUUGUAACUCUACACAAACUAUUGAAUAUGUGGCUCGAAACUUCCUUAUCGGAAAGUUCGGAGGAUAAUGAAAGUAAUACAUCUCCGCCAAAUAGAGGUAGCGAAGAUUCCUCACCUUUGCUGACGUCUGAUCCCACUUCCGACUCAUCAGACACUGGUGGUAGUGGAAAAAGUAAUGACGACCUCAAUUCUGUCAAUGACAAAUGGACCGGCUCGUCAGACAACAAUUCCACAGAGACCCCACGAACUCACAACUUCCAGUCUCAACAGGAUCCGCAGAAAGAAGAUGAACCAGCAGAAAUAACCGAGCUACUGGAUAACGCAGACGUCGUAAUGAAAUCCGAUAGCGAAAAUGGUCCAAGUAGUUCCGAUACUGGACAGCAAGACAUAAGUCCUACACGGUCGCCAAAAAGCGAAAAGCAGUCAGUAUUAUCCGAAGCUUCUGAUUGUGGAUACGGAACUUUGAUCGAAACACAGGAAUUUUUGUCGCCUUCGAGAGAAGAAGGCGAGUUAUCAUCACAGAAACCGGUUCGUCAGAAGCCUCAUAAUCCUAUACAGAGAGGCAAUAAUAAUAAAGUACGCGCUAGUGUUACUAUACAAGAUAGAAAGCGGAAAAAAAUUGUGAAAAGAGGAAAAGCAAAUAUCAUCAAUGUACAAGGGAUAUCGCAUAAAACACCAACUGAUGAUGACAUAUCGAAUGUCUUAAAGGAAUUUACUGUUGAUUUCCUUCUGAAGGGGUAUAACUCGUUGGUUCAAACGUUACAUAACCAAAUACUCUCAAAUCCGGAGCUGGAAAUUGAUACCUCGCAUUUUUUUUGGCUUGUGACGUACUUUUUGAAAUUUGCUACUCAAAUAGAACUGGACUUAGAACACGUAUGUUCAGUAUUGUCCUACGACAUAGUAUCAUAUUUAACCGCGGAAGGUGUUAACUUGUGCGAACAGUUUGAGUUGGCCAUCAAGCUCGACGGGAAUGAUCUCAAGCCAAGCAUAAGGAGACUUCAUCUCGUCGUCACUGCCGUAAGGGAGUUUGUACAAGCAAUCGAGCUGUACAAAAAGAUGAACGUGUGUAGCGAAGAUGAAGGCGCGCUCGUUAAGCUACAGAUUAAAAUGUGCGAAGCAGACGAGUUGAGAUCACUUUUGAUACUUCUGUUGCGCCAUUAUAAUCCUAAAUAUCACACUAAACAGUAUCUUCAAGAUCUUGUGGUAACAAAUCACAUUCUAUUAAUAUUUUUGGACAGCGUCAUGAAACUCUCAGAUUAUAAGGGCCCCAAUUACAUGAUUGAUCACAUAAAACAGUUCGCAACGGCAGAUAUAAUGUAUCAAUACGGCCUUCUCUUAGAGGACUACCCUAGUAACGGCGAGUUCGUCAACGACUGCAUUUUUACGUUGAUGCAUCAUGUAGGAGGCGAACUUGACAGCCUAAGCACAUUGUUUCAACCGACGAUCCUCACAACGUUCACGUCCAUUUGGAAAUCGGAAUUUGAAAUAUGUGAUGAUUGGUCGGAUCUCAUACAGUACGUCAUAAACACGUUCGUGAAGAAGCCCCACAUAUCAAGAAGUUCAGCUACUUUCCACUUAGUUGCGGAUAAAAUUGUUGACGAUAAACUGUUACAUAAUCUUAGACAAGGGGACAAACUCAAGAACAGUGAACCUCCAGUUGAAACCGAGAAAAAACAGCUUCCGGUUUCUACUACAAGUAACUUAUCUCAAGACAAGUGGACAGACGAAGAGGUCUCUUCAUUAACCUGGAUUUAUGUGCAAUGUAGUUCGUCUCCAGAUUCGGUUGGUGAAGUCAUUAGGAUGUUUAAAGAAGACGGUAUUAUUAAGACCAGAGAAUCCGUGCUUUCAGAACUUUUUAAGCAGAAUUUGAUAAAUAAAGAGGAAUUCGAAUCGGCGUCUAGCGAAAUCGGCAAAAAGAUUUCUGAAACAGUACAAUUUCCUAAAGAAACAGGGCGAGAUGAGAUCGGGAAACUGUGUGAACAGUUUGUCAGAGAUGGAAAAUCGAGCUUCUUAGAUUGGGUCCAAAGAGUAUUAUUAGAAACGUGUUACGCCAAAAUUUACCAUGACAAAAUCACAAAAGCCUGUCUAGACCCUGAUGUCGACACACCGUUGAAAAAUGAAAUAAAAAUUAUGAACUUUGAAAUGUUUAAAAAGAAGGAGAUCGACGCACCUAUUCCAUCUCCAGUUUUUUAUCAUUCUUUACUUUACCAACAGUCUAUACCACUGGUCCCGUGGAACACCGAACAAGCGUCUAUGUGUAAAGACCUGAAAUUCUUGCAGCUUCUGCAUAAACUUGGAUUCCAUAUGCCCGUGGACACGGGAAAAGUUUUCAUUCGCAUACCACACUAUUGGACUGCUACCCAACUAUUUGAAAUGGCUGGCAAAAUAUUUCCGGUUGAUCAUUCUAAACUCAAGUUCUCGAUAAGCGAUUUAUCUGGAAGCAGCUGUGAUAGCGCAUCACAGCCGACUGAAUCACCGCUCUUUAAUGCGCAAGACAUUCCAAUGAUACCUCCACCUGAGAAUCUAUACCAGAUACAAAAGCAAUUACACCUCGCUAAAAUGGUCAAUUUUACGCCUAUGCCUGGUACCUCAUUUAAUUCUAAAGGUGGCGAAAGAGAUACACAAAAUUGGCUAGACUUAAUCCGAAAGUCAGAGGAGCAUAAAUUAUUGAAUAAUUUAGGAAGCACAAUAUUAAACAAGGAUGAAGACACGGACAGUGGUAUGCAAAGCCGGUCUACGGACGGAGAGGUUCCUCCACUGAUUGUGCCGCCUAUCAUACCUGGUAUCGUGCCACCGAUCAUGACGGUUAUAGAUGUAAAGACAGACUCGAUCUUCAACGUGCAAAUACAAGAUUCGGAGUAUUGCAAUAAUAGUGUAUGCGAAACGGCAUCUGUAGCAUCCGAUCUAACACGGAUGUACGUAUCGGACGAGGAGGACAAACCAGAGAUGCUCAUAAUCUCUUCGCCUGUAGAAGACUUUGAUCACCACUGCAUGGACACGACGGAUGUCCCUCAAGACGACAUAGAAUGCGAUGCGAUCGAGGAACAUGCAGAUAUCUUCAGCAGUAAAGCGGAGAAACGCCCACGGGUACAUUUCUCGCCUCCCCCGCGGCUUAAAAUUAAAAGCGUGCUUAGAACUCCGCCCUAAAAGCAUCCCGCGACCUCGCUGUAGGUCCAGCGCAGGCGUAAACUUGAACUGGUUGUUGCCUUGAUUUGUGGAAUCAACCGGUCCACCAAUAAGGUAACGCUGCGGGUCCCGCUUCUCGCAGCGGACUCCCUGGUACCUGCAUGACAUUUUAUUUAUAUUAUUUAUGUUAGCUAAUAAUGUUAAGCGUAAUAAGGGAAAAGGAUAUUCGUACGACCAAUUAAAUAUUAUCGAUCAAUAAUAUGAAAUAUGUGGUAGCCUAAUGGUUUCACUUACCGCCUUCUGAGCUUUGCGGAAUUUAUGAGCAAAAUUUAAUUUGAAAUUUAUCAUGAGUUUGUCGGUGAAGGAAAAUAUCGUGAUGACACUUGCACGUCGAAGAAGGUUCACAACGCUCGGAGACCCUUGCCCAGCAGUGAGACGUAUAAAUGGAUUGAUGAUGACGAAUAUGAAAUAUGUACUAAGUAGUAAAGAUUAACUCCUAUCUAUACGAAGAUCUCUUAAUUAAAGUACUCAACUAUAAUUAAUACUAAAAUUAUUUACUUACAAACACUAGCUAGAUAGUUUCAUGUUCUCUGCCUACACCAGUGUGAGACGGUCAUGAUAGUAUCUACGUACAAACAAAUGCCUAUUAUAUGCCUAUUAUGAUCAUUUUUCUGCAGAGGGACCUGGAAUACUGCAUGAUGACUGGAGAUUGUACGUACUUCCUGAAUUGACUUUGUAAAUGCAAAAUUAUUUCUUUAGAUGGAUUGCAGACACACAUAAGUUGCCAUUUUUUUUUUCUAUUUGCAACUGACAUGCAGUAAAUUGUGUAGGUUAUGAAGACGCGAUUUGCCGUGUACACAAUAUGUCGUAACGGAAUAAAAUUGUCUUUUAGGCUUACUUAUUACUAUUUCUAACCAUCGGUGCAUAUUAUAAAUUAUUAACAUAGAAAAAUUCAAUUAUUCAUGAUUAAAAACGACCCAAAGAAUUGCUCUUGUCUUUUACAAUUUACAUAGGAGUUUGGCAAUUGAACCUACGGAAUGGAUGUCCAUAUAAGCAAUUAAAUAUUACUUAUAUAAAUUAAUUUUGAAAGCAAUAUGUAGGUUAUGCAAUAGGUACUUUAGGUAUUUAGGCUAUCAUAUUAGUAGAUUGCUGUGACAUUUCAUCUAAAUAAUGUUACCUAAUCACAUUGCCCAAUCAGUAUCAUGGUACCAGACAUGCAAUUAUUAUCUAAAUUUAUCGAAGUUUUUUAUUAUUGUUAUUUUUGUUACUGAAUUAUUUAAUGCGUAAUGUUUAAUUAACCUGAAUAGCUUUUGAAAAAGUAUAUUCCAACUGUAUCUCGGUCACCUAUCACAGCGAUCACGUAACCAUAAAAAAGAUAC